GACUGAAGAGAAGACUUUUCUUGUGAUAUCAACACAGUUUACGCAAUGUCUGGUAAAGAAGUUUUGGUUUUGAGAGGUACCUUGGAAGGUCACAACGGUUGGGUCACAUCCCUUUCCACCAGUGAUGCUCAACCAGACCUUUUGUUGUCUGGUUCCCGUGAUAAGACUUUGAUCACCUGGGAAUUGACCCGUGAUGACCAACAAUACGGUGUUCCAAAGAAGUCUCUUAAGGGUCACUCCCACAUUGUUCAAGACGCUGUCAUCUCCCCAGAUGGUGCCUUCGCUCUCUCUGCUUCUUGGGAUAGAACUUUGAGAUUGUGGAACUUGAGCACUGGUGAGACCACCCAAACCUUUGUUGGUCACGAGGGUGAUGUCUUGUCUGUUUCCAUUGCUAAGAACUCCAGACAAAUCGUCUCUGCUUCCCGUGACAAGACUGUUAAGGUCUGGAACGUCAUUGGUACCUGUAUGUCCACUUUGAGAGGUCACUCCGACUGGGUCUCCUCUGUUAGAUUCUCUCCAAGUGACUCUCCAGUUGUUGUUUCUGCUGGUUGGGAUAAGCUUGUUAAGUCUUGGGACUUGGACAAGUACGCUUUGACCGGUGACUACAUUGGUCACACCGGUUACGUCUCCACCAUCACCAUCUCCCCAGAUGGAACUUUGGUUGCCUCUGCUGGUAAGGACGGUUCCAUCAUGUUGUGGAACUUGAAGGAGCAAAAGGCUCUUUACACCCUUGCUGCUGGUGACGAGGUCCACGCUUUGGCCUUCUCUCCAAACAGAUACUGGUUGACUGCUGCCACCGCUUCUUCCAUCAAGAUCUUCGACUUGGAGGAGUACAAGGUUGUUGACGAGCUCAAGCCAGAGUUCGCCACCUCCGGUAAGGCUAGAGACCCAGAAGCCGUCUCCAUUGCUUGGUCUGCUGAUGGUCAAAACUUGUUCGCUGGUUACACUGAUUCUAUCAUCCGUGUCUGGCAAGUUAUGACCUCCGCUUAA